UUGUUGCAGGCGGAGCGGCGGGCGCCGCGCACAAAGGAGCGCGGCCGGGGUACCGCUCCCGAGUCCCGCAACGCCCUGCUCGGCCCUGCCCGGCCCUGCCCGGCGGCGGCAGCUCCCCGCGGGGAUGCUGAAGGUGCGCUCCGGCGCGGCGGAGAAAGGACGGUCCCGCCCGGGCGGCGCCGCGGGCUCCGCUUGAGGCUGCGGGCCCUGCCGCCGCCAUCCCGCCGCUCCCCCGCCGCCCCUCGCCAUGGUGGCGGAGAGCCCGGCCGCCGCCCGGCCGCCGCCGCGAGCGGGACCCCCGCGGGGGCUGUGCUGCGCCUCGGCCCUGCUGCUGCUCGCCCUCUCGGCGCUGCCCGCCGCCCGCGCCUCUCACCCGCUGGCCGCCGGCGAGUGCCAGGGCGGCGGCAAAGGGAAAGGCGGCAACUGCUCAGAGUUAAAUGUAAAAGAAUCUGAUGUAAGAGUGUGUGAUGAAUCGUCAUGUAAAUACGGGGGAGUGUGUAAGGAAGAGGGCGAUGGCCUGAAAUGUGCCUGUCAGUUCCAGUGUCACACAAACUAUAUUCCUGUUUGUGGAUCAAAUGGAGACACUUACCAAAAUGAAUGCUUCCUCAGGAGAGCUGCUUGCAAACAUCAGAGAGAAAUAACAAUGGUAUCAAGGGGACCUUGUUACUCUGAUAACGGCUCUGGGUCAGGAGAAGGAGAGUAUGAAGGAUCUGGGACAGAAGUUCAGAGAAAACACUCAAAAUGUGGAGUUUGCAAAUAUAGGGCUGAGUGUGAUGAAGAUGCAGAAAAUGUUGGGUGUGUAUGCAAUAUAGACUGCAGUGGAUACAGUUUUAAUCCUGUCUGUGCUUCUGAUGGAAGUUCUUAUAACAACCCCUGCUUUGUUAGAGAAGCAUCCUGUCUGAGGCAAGAGCAGAUAGACAUUAGGCAUCUUGGACACUGCUCAGAAGCAGAUGACACAAACGCAGUUGGAAAGAAGGACGACGGCAUGCAGUAUCGGCCAGAGGUGAAAGAUGCCAGUGAUCAAAGAGAAGACAUUUACAUUGGUAACCACAUACCUUGUUCAGAAAGCUUUAAUGGCUACUGUAUACAUGGAAAAUGUGAAUUCAUUUAUUCCACUCAGAAGGCUUCCUGCCGGUGUGAAUCAGGAUAUACUGGACAGCACUGUGAAAAGACAGACUUUAGUAUUCUUUAUGUUGUCCCAAGUAGACAAAAGCUUACGCAUGUCCUUAUUGCAGCAAUAAUUGGAGCCGUACAGAUUGCCAUUAUAGUUGCAAUUGUCAUGUGCAUAACAAGAAAAUGCCCCAAAAACAAUAGAGGACGUCGGCAGAAGCAAAACCUAGGCCAUUUUACUUCAGAUACAUCAUCCAGAAUGGUUUAACUUAGUGAUUUUUAUACCUACAUUGACCAUGUGAUGUACAUUUUUAUUAUAUCUUUUUUUAAAGAAUGGAAAUAUUUAUUUCAGAGGCCUUAUUUUUGAACAUUUUUAGUGUAACAAUGUUGGUCUGUAUUCUGAAAGCAUCAGCUCUAACAGCUAUGGACUGUUUUAGUACCUUUACUUUUCUGUUUUUGAAUACAGUAGUUCAUUUUCUGUAUCUGUAUCACAUGGUUAUAUAAUAGACUUGUGCUUUAUUCAUGGAAUGUAAUAUUUUUGGGAACACAGAUUUAUUCCACCAAUGGUUGUAGAUUUAAAAGGGAACAAAAAAAAAAACAAACAAACACAAAACAACCAACAAUAAAAA